AUGUCUCGAGUGAUGAAUAAUCACAAGACGGUAAAAAUGGGGAACUGGUUUGAAGACCUGCGCUUGAAAGAGGUUUGUUAAAAAAAAGAGAAAUUUCUGUGUUGUUGUGGGCUUGCUGUUUCUAAGCACCCUUCAGUGACUAAUCGUUCAUGAAGUUUCCAAUCUCAGUUUUCGUUUUCUGUCGGAACAGAAACUGCAGUGUUUUUGAGGUAAACAUAUUGGACCAUUAGACCUUUCCUUGUAUUAAAAAAGGUUCCUUUUAAGACCAGUCAUGUCAUUAAUGUAAAAGCAGGUCACUGUUUCUCUAUGUGCCAGCCUGACACAUUCAAACUUUCAUGGCUCUGCUUUCUUAAAUGUUCUUUGCAUAGAUUUUCCUUCGAUUCAGGAAACCCUUAAAUAAAGUUAUCUUGUGACAUAGGCCAAUUCGUGAACAAAAUCAUCAAAUUAAGUAGUUCAAUUACUGAACUCUGGAGCCUCUGGGCAGCAUCUACAGAAAAAAAAGGGCUAUAAUAAACAGAUGGUAAAUGUCCUAACACAACUACAACUACUUACCCAAAGGACACUGUUACAGAUCUCACUCUUUUGGGACAAUCAUGGCAUGUCUAACUUUAUGCCAACUUCUAUUGUACUCAUUAACACUGGAGGUGGACUUGACCCACUUCUGAUGCUAUUAUUAAUUGACUUAAUUUUGUAUUCAUUCUCUUAUUCAUUAAUAUUUUAAGUUGAACUUGUCCUCACUAGUAACUUUCUAAAUUGCUGUCUUUUUAAAGCUGCACUUGCAUGUUGUUUACUGUUGUGCUCAGUCUACCGAGAGACAAAAAUAAAAUUUACAAGUUAUUUUCCUGUAAUAAUUUACAGUUCUGCUAUGACAUUAGGGAUUUUAUUACUUGCAGUGAUGGGGACAUAUUGAGAAAACACUUUGUGCAUGCUAUACAGUUUUGUUUGUUUGUUUGUUUGUUUUUUAGGAUGAGAAGACAAAGUACGAGGAGGAAAAAGAGAGGGGUGAACUUCUCUACCAGAAAAUGGACUCCCUUAGAGAGAACAUGUUGAGACCGGUAAAACACGUUAAAGCAAACUUUGCUCACCAUCAACAGCAACAAUAACAUCACGCUAAUGCUAGAGAUGGUUACGGCAAUGAUAAUCGUGCUUGCCCUUGUGAAUACAGGUGAGUCUCACAGUGACAACAGAUGGUAGAGUGCACUUUGGGGAUGUUGUGAUGUUGGUGAAUCUGGGAGGAGACAACAGGGAGUGCAGUGCCAUCAGCAUCAAUGCAGACUUUAAUAGUCUGACCAAAACUCCUACUCCUGGCAUUAAAGCUCCGUGUGGUGUCAGUGCAGGAAGGAACAUUCAGGCCUGCACACGCACUGCCUUCAUCAUUACCAGGUAAACACAUGAACUCGUGCGAAAACACCAAAAUUCACACCUAUUCAACACUUGUGGUUGGACAUUAUUAACACUGCCUGUGUGUCUCCAGUGUUGAUGGCAGUCCUGCAGGAUCCACUCUGCAUUAUGAGCAGAGUUUUGCUCUGAAAACAACAUGUGGCUUUGCCAGAGGGGUAAGUGAUAUGAGGCAUUCAUGCACACACAGGCUGUCCUGAUAAAGCCCUCCAGACAAAGACUCACUGCUCUGUUAUGAGCCCAGAUAAAAUUGUGUGGAUUAACAAAAAAUGAGAUGAUACGCCCCAGUAUGAAUCUGUUUGACUGGAUUUUCCAGAGGGUUCUCAGACAGCUUGUGUUACAAACAGUGUAACUUUGACAGAUGAGGAACUAUUGUUUGAUACAAUUUUGCAAUGGGUUCAUGUAAUAACAACCAGGAAAUCAGGAUGUUUUUGGCUUGGACCAUUCCCCAAUUCAUCUCUCAGAGUCCCAAAAAUGUGUGUGCCAACAGAAUGUGCUGACAGAAUAACCCUGAUGUACUCAAUAAUAUCACUAAGUAUAAAAAACUAUGGUCUUCUAUUUCAUAAAGUGUUAAAAAAGAAAAAGAGUGGCUUUCUGAGCACAUUGCUUGUUACUUAUUACACCUGUAUUUUACAAUAAGCUAAACAUGAUACGCUCAAGUUUUAGUGUUCCAUGUUAAUUUUUAAUAGCAUAUGUCGUAUUGCACUGUGUGUAUGGCCUCACAGGUUUUCUCUUUCAUUCCUUCUCUCUACAGCUUUACCUAAUGAGUGACCGGCAAAGUUUUCAAAAGGUAGAGCAAGUUUGACUUUAUUUGCCUCUUUUCUCAAGACCAACAAUGAGAACGCAUUAUACUAACAAUGUCAAGAUGUGAUAAGAUGUCUUGUGAAGUGGAAAUGUGAAGGACUUUCAAACACACCUUAAGUUGAACAGGAAAUCAACAAUUUUAUCUGACAUUUUUUGGGGGGACUUUCCUCUGUUUUUUUUUUUACAUUGUUGUAAUUUUCUUAUAGUGUAUACAGGAAGUAAACUUGGACGAAGACUGUUCUUUUCUCUCACAGUGGAAGAUAGUGCACUUUGACCCACAGGAGAGACUUGAAAAUGAGGGUCAGCCUGUCCCUGUAAGCCUUUAUUGUAUCUUUUAUGGUUAAUUAUUCCACCAGUUGCAACAGCAGCAGAAUCUAAUGUCCUUAAUUUCUACACUUUCACUGAGAAUUGCCUCAAAACAUGCUUUGUUAUCUUUUUGUGUUACAGGCUAAUCUGAAGGUGCUGAUUAAACACUGCAAGACAAACCAGGCUAUUGCUGCACUUGGUGAUCAAGUCCUCUGGUAUUUUUCCAUUUUACAGUUUGAAAUUUAACCCAACCUUUGCAGAAUAUUAUGCUAGUUUAAUGAAGGAUAAACAUAUUGAUUUGUGUUUCGGCCUGAUUUCAUCUGAAAGGUCCAUUGAGUACUUUGAUUUUAAGCAAGGUGCUAAAACAUAAUGAUAACACAGGAUAUGAUGGUAUGGAUGUUGAAGACAGUUGAAAUUAUGAUGUGUGCAAAGGUCAGCUGAUUGUGAGUACAAUGGAGCAGCCUGAAGUCUCGGUUGCAUGUAAAAUCCCUAUUACAUAAUAGUUGUACCACUACUUUCAAGGAAAUUAUGAGCUGAGGCUUGAAACUAAAAAAAAGUCUUGAAAGUUCUUGAUAAGAAAGUAAUCAGUGUAAGAAUUCACAUGUACUGAAUCAAAAUAAGAAUUCACAACCAAUUUCUUACUGAUAUUAAUUUUUGUGUCUUGGCUCAGUUUGCACAAGUCAUGUAAAAAUGCCUGGAUGUCUGCAGUCAAAUUGUAAGUAACAGUGGUGUCUCUGCAGGACCACAUUUGGCAAAGAGUAUGAGGUCACAACUCACACCUUCUUGGACUCUCACAAAGCAGAAACGGACACCAACCACUGGAUACUGUGCACUUCUGACCCUGCAGGAAAUGGACUUGUACUUUUCAACCACCCACAGUUGGCAGCUGACAACCAGGAGCUCACACAGGCAAACCCUGGCACCUAG